UGUAAACAUGCAAACCGAUGCCAAACAGCCAACUGCUCCCAGGACUGCAGAGAGACGGUCAACAAAUACGAAUGUUCUUGCAGGAGCGGAUACACGCUGUCUCGGAACGGUCACUCUUGCGUGGAUAUUGAUGAGUGCGUGACGCCACAUAAUCCCUGUACGGACCCACGCCAGGCGUGCGUCAACACGCAAGGGUCUUUUAAAUGUGAGUGCAUGUCCGGCUACAGUCAGUCGCAGGACAACACGUGCGUGGAUAUUAAUGAGUGUUUAGAGGACAGGGAGUUAUGUGAACACGAGUGUGUCAACACAGAUGGCUCGUAUAAAUGCAUGUGCUGGUCAAGUUACACACUUGCCGGAGAUAACACCACGUGUCAUCACGUCGAUGAAUGCACAAGCGGCCAACACGCGUGUGCUCAAAUCUGCAAGGAAACACUGGGUUCGUACACCUGUGACUGUCACCCAGGGUUUCAACUUGCGGCCGACAAGCACACCUGUGACGACAUCGACGAAUGCCUGUCAGGGCCGCAUCCAUCUAUCAUCUCCAGUGACGUCCACAACUGCGCAUGUCCUGAUGAUCAAAACUGCUCGAAGAUUUGUGCCGAUAUGCGUUUGAGUACAACGAGUUCCAACAACGAAGCACACACACCCGAAGAGAUAUUUACUAGGUGCCAGGGUUUCUGCCAUAACACCCCAGGCUCGUUCUACUGCUCUUGUCCCCACGGGUUUACGCUGGCUGCAGACAAAAGUUCUUGC